AUGAUAGUCGUAAGUUUGGUGUUAGUUGUGAGAAUAAAUUGUGAAGAAUGUGGGUGUAAUCGAAUACCGUCGGUUGAAAUCGUUGAUGACGAGCAAUUAGCUAGUGGAAUCGAAAGUAUUCGCGAUGAAUUCCUCGCUCGGCAACCAUCGAGUGCUUUCAAUCGGUUGUCUGCUACGAUACUCAUUCGAGAUGGUAAUACUCGAACGUGGAAACGAGGGAGUGUCAAUGCAACUCUCGUCGCUUAUCCAGCAUCGACAGUUAAAUUGAUGUACAUGUAUUCCGCUAUGGAGUGGUGCAAAACUCAAGGCUACACAGUCGAUUGUCUAGAUCGAUAUGUUCGACCAAUGAUCAUCGUUUCAUCAAAUUUGGAUACAGGUUAUGUUGUGGAUGCGAUAACGAAUACAACGAACAUUGAUGAUUUGACAUCGACGGAUGAUACACGUUGGUCGAGUUGGCUUAGUCAACGUUUAUAUACCGAGCGUCUAUUGAAAGAUUUGAAUCUAUACGAAAAUCAAAUUGUUCGAAGUAAAACAUAUCCAACAAACUCAGGUCAAUCACCUGUAGGCAGCGAAACGGUUCUUCUUCGAAGUCCAUCUUCACGAAAUCUUUUGCAGUCAUGUUGCACUGCAUCAUUUAUGCUAUACUUGAUGCAAACACGGCCCAAAAAUGAACUAGACUACAUGAAACCCAUGCUCUACCAUACACUCGAAAGUGAACACACAACGUUCGGCAAUGGUUUACCAGCUGGUAGUAGAAUCUAUUCGAAAGUGGGCAACGCCUAUGAUACAGUCGAAGAAAUCGCCUACAUUAUAUUACCGAAUGGGAAAGAGAUUGUUCUAUCAGCAUUUAGUAAUGGUUUUCAACGACCCGCGAGUGAUUUCUACAUCUUGGGUCGUUUUACAGAAAUGGUUCUUGAAAAGUUUUCAUUGGUUUCGUCGGCAACCCAAAUUUUCACCGCUGAUAAUGAAGAUAUCUAUACAUGUAAGUCCGAUAUGAUGAAAUAUACAUCUUCACUUCCUAAAGAUACACUCGGACAAUCGUUGAUCACUUUCAAUACUUCCUGCAUUAUUCAUCCAACCCUAAGCGAACGUGGCGUCUAUACAGUAUCGAUCUGGAAUCCAUCGUAUCUCAACUCAACUUCAGGUGCCACAUCACGAAUCAACGUUGCUGUUACGGACGCGUACAAUGAAACCGAUGGUGAUUAUGGAUAUGUCUACAAUCAGCAAACAACAGUGUCACGCUGGGUGUCUGUUGGAGAUUUUCUUCUGAAUCCUGGACGACAAACUGUCUACAUCAAAGCAUUGAAUCAACAAUCGGUAUUUAAUGCCAUUCGAUUCUCUAUGCAUCCCCCACUAACAGUAGAGCCUACUGUUGAUUCGAAAGGUUCUUCGCGGAUUCCCUACAAAAUACUUCUCUGUCUUCUUCCAAUACUACUAUUUUGCUAUCAUUUCUAA